AUGAAGAUCCUUUUUUGCCACUACCAGACAUUUAGAUGUAUCUGGCUUGCUAAGGCACCUGGCCGUCACUUCCACAGAGAUCGCCAUCUUUGGAUGCCCCUGACUCUUGCUGACUUUGAGGCUAUAAAUCGCUGUGACAGGUCGUUGCCUAAGAACUUUAACUUUGCUGGGGAUGUGCUGGACCAGUGGUCUGAAAAGGAGAAGACAGGAGAGAGACCUGCCAAUCCAGCCCUGUGGUGGGUGAAUGGCAAAGGGGAUGAGGUGAAAUGGAGCUUCAGAGAACUGGGUUCCUUGUCCCGAAAGGCCGCCAAUGUACUUACCAAGCCAUGUGGCCUGCAGAGAGGAGACCGAGUGGCUGUGAUUCUGCCCCGAAUCCCUGAGUGGUGGCUGGUAAAUGUGGCUUGCAUGAGAACAGGGCUUGUCUUCAUCCCAGGAACAACCCAGCUGACAGCAAAAGACAUGCUGUACCGGCUGCAAGCAUCCAAGGCCAAAUGCAUAGUGGCCAGUGAGGAGGUGGCACUGGCAGUGGAGUCCAUCAUGUCUGAGUGUCCCGACCUGAAGACCAAACUCCUGGUGUCUCCCCGUGAACGGAAUGGGUGGCUCAACUUCCAGGAGUUAGUUCAAUCUGCAUCUGAAGAGCACAGCUGUGUGCAAACAGGAAGUCAAGAACCAAUGGCCAUUUAUUUCACCAGCGGGACCUCAGGCUCUCCUAAGAUGGCCCAGCACUCUCAGAGCAGCCUUGGAAUUGGGCACACCCUCUCUGGAAGAUAUUGGCUGGACUUGAAGUCCUCAGAUAUCAUCUGGAACAUGUCUGAUACAGGCUGGAUCAAGGCUGCCAUUGGCAGUGUGUUUGCUUCCUGGCUUCAGGGAGCCUGUGUUUUUGUGCAUCGGAUGGCCCAAUUGGACACAGACAACUUCCUAGAUACACUUACCACUUAUCCCAUCACGACCCUGUGCAGCGCUCCCACUGUAUUCCGGAUGCUUGUGCAAAAAGACCUUACGAGAUACAAAUUCAAGAAGCUGCGGCACUGCCUUACAGGAGGGGAACCACUCAACCCAGAGGUGCUGGAACAGUGGAAGGCACAAACCGGACUGGAGCUGUAUGAGGGCUAUGGACAGACAGAAGUGGGAAUAAUUUGUGCCAAUCAUAAAGGACAAGAGAUUAAACCAGGCUCUAUGGGGAAAGGAGUACAACCCUAUGAUGUCCAGAUUAUAGAUGAAAAUGGCAAUAUUCUACCACCUGGCAAAGAGGGAGAAAUUGCCCUCAGACUAAAAUCUACACGGCCCUUCUGUUUCUUCUCUGAAUAUGUGGACAAUCCAGACAAAACUGCGGCCACAUUAAAAGGAGAUUUUUAUGUCACUGGAGACAGAGGUGUGAUGGACAGUGAUGGGUAUUUCUGGUUUGUUGGCAGAGCUGAUGAUGUCAUUAUAUCCUCUGGAUACCGUAUUGGGCCAUUUGAAGUGGAGAGUGCACUCAUUGAGCACCCAGCAGUUGUUGAAUCAGCUGUCGUCAGUAGUCCAGAUCCAGUCCGAGGAGAGGUGGUGAAAGCUUUUGUUGUCUUAUCUGCACCCUUUAAAUCCUCCAACCCAGAGAAAUUAACUCUUGAGCUUCAGGAUCAUGUGAAAAAAUCAACUGCACCUUACAAAUACCCAAGAAAGGUGGAAUUUGUUCAAGAACUCCCAAAAACCAUCACUGGAAAAAUCAAACGCAACGUGUUAAGAGACCAAGAAUGGGGACGAACAUAG